AGCAAAUACAUCGACGCGCGUGCGGUAAAUCGUCACAUCACAAAAAGUGUCACUUUGUAUGCUACCUGUGCUCACGUUGCAGCGUCACAUUUAGGUUUGGGUCUUUAUUCAUGGGAAAGAUGUUCAACGACAACAGCCGUACUCAUCUUAUCCUUAAAUUAGCUAGAGAUGCCACUGAACGACAGGAUUAUGGAUGGGAAGUUAGGAAGGAGGAAGUCGAUGUUUUUGAUAUACAAGAUUCCGAAUUGAUUCAGAAUCAUAACGAAGAUGGUCCAGAAACUUUGUCGAAUGCCUUGGACAUAGAGGCGCAGCCAGAAGUAUGUCCAUAUAACAUUACAUUAGAGCCAUCGGAAGUGACCCAGUUUCCAGUCGAAAUAAAUUUAACAAGCAACCAACGUAAUCCCAGAUUGACUGAAGAUUGUACAGUUGUAGAUGAUCAGUCACUGUCAGGUCCAUUCAGUACUGAUGAUAGCAAUGCCGAUCCUGAUUAUGAUGUGAGUGAAGAGACAUCCACCACUUCAAGUUUAGCGUCAUCAUUAAUAAACGAGCCUGCAACGCUUCAUGAUGAAAGCAGUGGAGUUAAGAAAAGGAAGGUGCCAAAUCAGAAAAAAAAGGCAAAAAGCGGACAUCUAACAAGGAAAACUGGAUAAGCAAUACUGCUAAAAAGUUAAGGAAUACUGGACAGGCUUAUUUAUCAAAAGGAAAAAAGAUUAUUCCA